AUGCUGCUAGUCGUGGGGCUGUUGUGUAUAUUUCUAGUGGGUGCCACUGGAUCACCGAACGUCAAGUAUGUGGAGGAACUAGUCAGAAAUAAUGUAUUUGGGCCAGUUCCACAAAAUGUUCUUGAGGAUGCGACACUAGAUGUGCCAGAACUAGUCAGAAAGUACGGAUAUCCACUGGAGAAACACAACGUCAUCACCUUAGAUGGAUACAUAUUAGAAUUACAUCGCAUUCCACAUGGUCGUUUUAAUAAUAACCAAGCUGGAAACAAACCUGUCGUGUUUGUCAUGCAUGGUGUUGUGUGUUCUUCUGCUGAUUGGGUACUUACUGGACCUGGAGUAGGGCUAGGUUACAUCCUCGCUGAAGAAGGAUUUGAUGUAUGGCUAGGAAACAACCGUGGUAAUUAUUAUUCAAGAAGACAUCUAACUUUAAACCCUGAUGAUGCCAACAGCACCGCCUUUUGGCAGUACUCUUUAGACGAAAUGGGCAAUCUGGAUCUAUCAUCGUCUAUUGACUAUAUUCUGCGCGUAACAGGCAGACCUAACUUGCACUACAUAGGACACUCACAAGGAACAUCCGUUUUCUUUGUGUUGGGUUCACUAAGACCUGAUUUCAGUGAAAAAAUUGCUGCAGCACACAUGUUAGCCCCCGUUGUUUUUACCGUUGCUAAUAGAAAUCCUAUGCUGGAUGCUCUAUCUCCUAUUGCAGCUGCUAUUAUGUCAUCUUUAACUGACUUUGGGAUUGGUGAAAUGGCGCCGAAGAGUGAUCUUAUGGCUUUUAUUGCACGUACAUUUUGUGCUGAUGGAACUUCGACUCAACCUAUUUGCAGCGCUCUGCUGUUUAUGAUCGGCGGAUGGAGUGAAAGUCAACAUAACGCGACAUUACUGCCAGUGAAGCUAGCACACACACCAGCGGGCUCCGGUGUAAGGCAGUUCGCGCAUAUGACCCAGAAUGUAGCUUCAAAGAACUUCCGUCGAUACGACUUUGGUACAGUUGAAAACUUACUACGUUAUGGGACGGCAGAGCCACCAGCUUACAAUCUGAAGAACAUUAAAAGCCCGGUCUUUCUCCACUACUCACAUGGUGAUGUAAGGAUCCACGAAGGAGAUGUUCGCGUCCUAUAUGAUGCCCUGGAUGCCCCCAAGGAAAUGAUUCUCAUAGAAGAAAGAACCUUCAGCCACGUUGAUUUUAUGUGGGGUAUAAAUGCAAAAACAGUUCUGUACGAUAGAAUUAUAAGUGAUAUAAGAAGAAUUGAAAACUCUAGAAAAUAA